GCUUCUGGAUUUUAUUGUGGAGGGUUGCUACAGAUUGCAAUACUGAGUUUUGAGUGCUAAAGAAAAAGGUUGAGGCUGCUGAUUUUUGGAUUACGUAGGUUGUUGUUUUUGGAGUUACGGUCUCGAGGGAAAAAUGGUAUAAGUUGGCCGUGGAGGGGAGAGGUUUGCUACGCCAUUUUCAUGCUUUGGGGACCGAGAGGUUUGUGUUUCCCAAUGGGAUUGAUCAAAGUCAGAUCAAUCUAUGACAGAAAACAUGUGUCAUGUCAUGCAAGUACUUUUACAAAUAUCAGCACCAACACCUGAUCCUUAUGGCGCACAAAACGGAGCAUCAAGCCUUGAAUCUUGUUGAGUCUUAACUCCGGGAACAGGAGAAUCAUGCCUUGAAAAUUAGGAAAAAUUAAUUGACCUUGGCUUGAUCAAUCUCAUUGGGAAACACAAACCUCUCGUUCCCCAAAGCAUGAAAAUGACGUAGCUCUUCCCCCUUCUCUAUUUAAAUCCAUCAACCCCAAGCCAAUUUCCAUCAACUCAAGUGCUUUCAACAUCAUUAACUGAGCAAAGUUCACAUAAAACCAAUCAUGAAGAAUCUAUUCUUUUCCAUGCUUCUUCUACUCUCAUUCCUCUUCUUCCUUGCCAACCAUGGGGAGGCUGCUGUUCCAUGUAAUACCGUGGAUGCCAAGGCAGCUGCAUGCGUUGGCUUUGCAACUGGCAAGGCUACAAAGCCCUCCGCUGAAUGCUGCACUGGGCUGCAUCAGCUUGCUCAAACUGUGAAAUCCGUUGAUGAUAAGAAGGCCAUCUGCAGAUGCUUGAAGGCUGCCGCCAAGUCACUGGGAAUUCAGGACAAGUUCUUGAGCAAGAUUCCUCAAGCUUGCAACAUCAACGUUGGUUUCCCCGUCUCCAUCAACACCAAUUGCGAGACGAUUCACUAAGCUCUGAUGGAUCAGUCGAGACAAUGAUCGUUGAAGAACACCCUUAGGCUGUUCGUAGCUAGUUAGAAGUUGACUAUUGGCUCAAAUAAAACGGUUAAAAUUGUUAAGACAAAGGUACUGUUGGUCUUUACAGACCCAGACUUUGGCUUAACCAUGUAUUCACAAGUUGGUUACUUGGUUUUAGUGGAAUCAG